UAGCCAAGCAUUGUCUCCAUAGUCCAAACAUACUAAUAUAAAGAAAGUUACCAAAAAUUAUAUAGUUUUGAGGAUAAUAAUGUUCAAAGUGGAAUUACUGUCCAAAGAGAUGAUGAUCAAGCCUUCAUCACCAACUCCACCUCACCUCAAAACCCUCAAACUAUCCUUUCUUGAUCAAAUCUCACCGCCCGUUUUCAUCCCUCUCAUCUUCUUCUUCCAUAAUCAUGGUGAAGAUGAUCAUGGCCGUUCAUCACAAAAGCUAAAGCAAUCUUUAUCAAAGGUGUUAUCCCUGUUUUACCCCUUAGCUGGACGGCUCAAAGGAAAUGAUUUCAUUGAUUGUAGUGAUGAUGGCGCGCUGUGGGUUGAAGCUCGCGUUCAUGGCUUCCUCAAAGAUGUGGUUGAGAAUCCAUUAAUGGAGGAAUUGGAAAAGUUUCUUCCCGCUGAGCCUUAUAAUAACGGCGAUGAUGGUGAGUUAAUCCUGGCCGUUCAAAUAAACUAUUUUCUUGACGGCGGGAUAGCCGUCGGGGUUUGCAUGUCGCACAAGAUCGGCGAUGGGCUCUCCCUGGUGAACUUCGUCAAUGCAUGGGCCGUCGCCGCGCGUGAAGGACACGUCGCCGGAAUCUCGCCGCCGGAUUUCGAGUUGCCCCCGUCUCUCUUCCCGCCCACGACGGCGGACCUGUCGGGGUCCGGAUUCUCGCCGUCCGUGGGCAUGACGCGGGAGAAGAUCGUCACCCGACGCGUGGUGUUUAGCAAGGAAAAACUGGCGGCGCUGAAGAAAUCCGCGGCGGCGCGUGUGUCAGACCCCACGCGCGUGGAGGCCCUCUCCGCCUUCCUGUGGAGCGCAGCCGGCCGGAAAAAACCCCAAAACCCUUCCGCCGCCGUCCACGCCGUGAACCUCCGAUCAAGGAUGAACCCGCCGCUCCCGGACUUGACUUUCGGGAACCUAUGGCGGCCGGCGAUAGCCGUAACCUCGCCGGAGACAACCCAAGACGACUUAGUGUCUCAUCUGAGAACUUCCAUAAGAAAAAUCAACGCGGAACACGCAAAAGCUUUGCAAAACUGCCAUCUUUACCUGGAAAAUCUCCAUAAAGCGCAAGAAAUGUUUUGUAAAGGAGAAGCGGAGUUCUGCAGUUUUAGCAGUUGGUGUAGGUUUCCAAUAUACGAGGUAGAUUUCGGUUGGGGAAGGCCUGUUUGGGCAUGCACAACAACUUUUCCGUACAAGAAUGUUAUAAUAUUGAUGAGCACCAAAAGUGGGGAUGGGAUUGAAGCUUGGGUUAACAUCGGAGAUUGAAACCCAAAGCAUCAAUCUUCAUCUCCUUGCUGUACCCAUUGCUAUCAAUGUCGCCUGAAGACUUGUUUCAUUAAUAAUCAGUACCAAUUCAAGCAAA